AUGGCCAGGCAGGGCUGGUGCCGGGAGAGGCCGGCUCCCGUCGCCGAAGCCCCACGCCGCGUGCCUGGCUCCCCGCCCCUGGCUCUCCGGCCCCCGGGCUGGCCUCGAGGACCCCAGUUCGAGAAGGCGGCAGAGUCCCCAUGUGCAAGACGGUCGGAGCAGGGAAGCUUAUCAAGCAACCGGUUGUCUCACCCCAGCUCUGGAAGGAGCACCUUCUGCUCCAUCAUUGCUCAGCUAACAGAGGAGACCCAGCCACUAUUCGAGACCACCCUCAAGUCCCGGGCUGUGUCCGAGGACAGCGACGUCAGGUUCACCUGCAUCGUCACAGGAUACCCGGAGCCAGAGGUGACCUGGUAUAAGGAUGACACAGAGCUGGACCGCUACUGUGGCUUGCCAAAAUAUGAAAUCAUUCAUCAGGGCAACCGCCACACACUGCAACUGUACAGGUGUAGAGAAGAAGAUGCUGCCAUCUACCAGGCCUCUGCCCAGAACUCCAAGGGUAUUGUGUCCUGCUCGGGGGUCCUGGAGGUGGGCACCAUGACUGAGUACAAGAUCCACCAGCGCUGGUUUGCCAAGUUGAAGCGCAAGGCUGCAGCAAAGCUUCGUGAGAUCGAGCAGAGCUGGAAGCAUGAGAAGGCAGUGGGGGAGGGCGACACCCUGCGCAAGCUCAGCCCUGACCGCUUCCAGCGAAAGCGGCGACUGAGUGGGGCCGAAGUCCCUGUCCCCUCGGCUCCUUUCAGGGAGGCUGAGGGAGGGACCCCAGUACCUUGGCAGGAAGGAGAGACUGAGUCUGCCCAGCACUCAGGUUUGGGCGUGAUCAACAGUUUUGCUCCUGGAGAAGUGACCACCAAUGGGGAGGCUGCCCCUGAGAAUGGGGAGGACGGAGAGCAUGACUUGCUGACAUACAUCUGUGAUGCCAUGGAGCUGGGGCCUCAGAGAACCUCCAAAAAGGAGUCUGGGGCCAAGAAGAAAAAGAAAGAUGAGGAAUCUAAGCAAGGCCUAUGGAAGCCAGAGUUAGAGAAGGCAGCCCGAAGCCAACGUUCAUCAGACAAGCCUGACGCCCGUGGGACACAGGGGCCCAAGGGCAUGGAGCAGGUUCAGCCCCAGCCCAGAGGCAGGGCUGCACGGGGGCCGGGACCCUCCGGAACAGAUCGUACUAGGAAGCCAGCCUCUGCUAUGGGCACUGAAGACGAGGCCCAGGACGCCCCUGCCCCUAGCCCAGGCCCUGGCCCACACCAGGAAGUGUACUUCUCCUUGAAGGCCAUGUAUAUGGAGAGCACCCAGGCAGUCAGGCCUCAGGGAGAAGAGGGGUCCCAGCCCCCAAGUGUCAGGGCACCUAGAGAGACUCCCUCAGAGAAAGUACCAGUCGAGACUGGAAGUGAGGGGGUACCUCCUGCUCCUGGUCAGCCCACACCCUCCUCGGCCCCCCAGCCAACUAGGCCUUUUAACAGGAAGAGAUUUGCCCCUCCAAAACCCAAAGGGGAGUCCACUACCGACAGCAAGCCCGUUUCUUCCCUGAGUCAAGCUCCAGAACGUGGGACCCAGAGUUUAGAGAAGGCUCCAUCUCAGGCUUCUGCCCAGGUGCCGACACCCCCUGCCCGGCGAAAGCACAGUACCCGGGACAGCCCCUUGCAGGGGCGAGCAGGCCACAGGACUCCAGGAGAGGUACCAGAGUCCCAGGCAACCAUGGCUCCUUCCAUGCCGGCCAGCAGCAGUUCUAAUGUAACCUCCAUUGGUCGUAGUGCCCCCAGAAGUCCAGGCACCGUGGAACCCAUGGAUAUGGAAACCCAGGAGGAUGGGAGAACAGUUGCUGACCAGAGAACUAGAGGAAAGACGAGUACGAAGGCAGAGGGGAAGAUGCAGAUGGAUGGAGGGACCCGGGGAGACAGAACACAAACAGCCCAGAGGACACAGGCAGGUGGGGAGACACAGAGAGAGGUUGGAACACAAGAAAGUGAGAGGCCGCAGUCAGACAGGAGUUCCCAGAAGGACGUGCGGACACAGGGAAGGGCAGAGAAAUGGGUAGGAAGGACACAGGCGGAUGAGAAGAUACAGGGAGACAGGAAGGCACAGGAAGACAGAAGCAUACAGGACGGUAAGAGGACACAGGCACCUGGGAGCGUACCCACAGCCAUGAAAAGCCAGUCGAAGCAGGAGUCUGCGGCCAGCCUCAGCCUACCAUCCAGAGCCCCCAAACUCCCACCUUCAGAGGGUCUUAGGUCUUCUCCGAUUAUUGAAUGUUUUGCACAGAUCCCAGAAGUGUCUUGUGUCCCAGAAAAAUCUGGCUUCGUGCUCAGAUCUGAGGAGGCAGCAGUAGCAGACUCCAGGAACCAUGAGGAGACUGUGCUGGGUCCCCUGUCGGGGAGCCUCAUGCUCCCAGGGCAGCUGCUUCCCAAGGGGAGCUUGGAGCAGGUGGGAGGAGAGAGCAGUCAAGGGCCAAAGCCGUCAGGCCCAGCCCAGACCGAGCAGGAGGACAGCCUGCUCCAGUGCCCCAAGGGGGAGCAACCAGGGGAAGUGCUGAGUGUGGACCGGGGUGGCUAUCUGCCAGCUGGCCUGAGCCAGGAGGUGCCCACUAUGCCGUCUCUUUCUGGGACUGGCCUGACCAAUAGCCCAAAGGAGGGGCUGCUCUGUACCUCUACUUCUCAACCUGUGGGCCCAGCUGCCUUCCUGCCCUCUGAGGACCAGACCUUGCUGAGUUCUGCCCCCACACUGCACCUGGGGUCAGGGACCCCCACCCAGAGUCACCCACCAGAAACCAUGGCCACUGGCAGUGAGGGAGCCUGUGCCAAGGUACCAGACGUGGAGGGGAGGACCCCAGGUCCCCGGAGCUGUGACCCUGGCCUCAUAGAUUCCCUGAAGAACUACUUGCUUCUGCUGCUAAAGCUAUCCAGCACGGACACCAGUGGAGCAGGAGUCGAGUCCCAAGUGGGGGCUGCCCCCGGAGGUCUGGCACCCUCAUCCACUCUGGCUCCCACUGUGGAAGUGGCUGGCCUGAGUCCACGGACAUCGAGGCGCAUCCUGGAGCGUGUGGAGAACAACCAUCUGGUGCAGAGCGCACAGAGCCUGUUGCUGAGCCCCUGCACCUCCCGCCGCCUCACUGGCCUCCUGGACCGUGAGGUGAAGGCUGGCCGCCAGGCCCUGGCUGCCACCCGGGGCUCCUGGGGCCCUGGCUCCAGUCCUCUCACUGUCCCCACCAUUGUGGUAGGUGAGGAGGGCCCUGGGCUGACCUCAGAAAGAUCCAGUGACGGUGAGGGAGAGGUUUCUCUUGAGGGGCCUGGCCUCCUGAGGGCCUCCCAGGAGAGCAGCAUGAGUGGGUGGCUGGGGGAGGUGGGUGAGCAGGCAGCCCUUGGGCGGGAACCACUCUCAGCAGAGAGCAGAGCCCAGGAACCCUCCCAGGAAGAAGAGAUACCAGGGGAGGCUCCCACAGGUCUCCCUGCAGCUACACCCGAGGAAUUAGCUCUAGGGGCCCGGAGGAAGAGAUUUCUCCCUAAGGUCAGGGCAGCAGGAGAUGGAGAGAUGACCAAGCCUGAAGAAAAGGAGAGCCCCACAGUUUCCCCCCGGGGCUCCAGGAAAAGCCUGGUGCCUGGGUCCCCUGGGACUCCAGGGAGGGAGAGACGCUCCCCUACGCAGGGCAGAAAGGCGGGCAUGCUGGAGGUGCCACGAGCAGAGGAGGAGCUGGUAGCAGGAGACCUGGGCUCCAGCCCCAAGACCAGUGGUCUGGACACAGAGCUGGCCCUGGAUGAAGGCAAACAGGAAACUCCAGCCAAGCCCAAGAAUGCCAAAGACCUACUAAAAGCCCCACAGGUGAUCCGGAAGAUUCGAGUGGAGCAGUUUCCCGAUGCCUCGGGUAGCCUGAAGCUCUGGUGCCAGUUUUUCAACAUUCUUAGUGACUCAGUCUUGACGUGGGCCAAGGAUCAGCGCCCAGUGGGCGAGGUGGGCAGGAGCGCAGGGGAUGAGGGGCCAGCGGCCUUGGCCAUCGUGCAGGCAUCCCCUGUAGACUGCGGCGUGUAUCGAUGUACCAUCCACAACGAGCACGGCUCGGCCUCCACUGACUUCUGCCUCAGCCCCGAGGUGUUGUCAGGAUUCAUCUCCAGAGAAGAAGGUGAAGUUGGAGAAGAGAUCGAGAUGACCCCCAUGGUGUUUGCUAAGGGUCUGGCUGACUCUGGCUGCUGGGGGGACAAGCUCUUUGGGCGACUGGUAAGCGAGGAGCUCCGAGGGGGUAGACAUGGGUGUGGCCUUCGGAAGGCCUCCCAGGCCAAGGUCAUCUACGGACUAGAACCCAUCUUUGAGUCGGGCCGCACGUGCGUCAUCAAGGUGUCCAGCCUGCUUGUUUUUGGGCCCAGCAGUGAGACUUCUCUCCUGGGCAGAAACUACGAUGUCACCAUCCAGGGGUGCAAGAUCCAGAACAUGAGUCGGGAGUACUGCAAAAUCUUUGCAGCUGAAGCCCGGGCCGUGCCUGGCUUUGGAGAGGUGCCCGAGAUCAUCCCACUGUAUCUGAUCUACCGGCCUGCCAACAAUAUCCCUUAUGCUACCCUGGAGGAGGACCUGGGCAAGCCCCUGGAGUCUCACUGUUCCCGGGAAUGGGGCUGUGCUGGGGCCCCAGCGGCACCUAGCAGCUCUGAGGCCAUGCAGAAAUGCCAGACGUUCCAGCACUGGCUGUAUCAGUGGACAAAUGGCAGCUUCCUUGUCACAGAUCUGGCAGGGGUUGACUGGAAGAUGACUGAUGUGCAGAUUGCUACGAAACUGCGAGGAUACCAAGGCCUCAAGGAGAGCUGUUUCCCUGCCCUGCUGGACCAGUUUGCCUCUUCCCACCAGUGCAACGCCUUCUGUGAGAUGCUGGGGCUACAGCCCCUCAAGGGUCCUGAGGCUGCCCACUCCCAAGCCAAGGCCAAAGGUUCUAAGAGUCCAUCUUCUGGCAGGAAGGGGUCCCAGCUGAGCCCUCAGACCCAGAAGAAAGCACCUCCUAGUCCUCAGGGCACCCGGAAGAGUGCCUCAAGCUCCAAGGCCACCCCUCAAGCCUCAGAGGCAGUUGCUAUCCAAUUGUUGGGACAGCCUUCCAUCCAAGAGGAGGGCUCCAAGGCCCAGGGCAUGCGGUAGCCCCAACAGGAGGCUGGGGGCCUCCACCCAGCAGCAGACCAACCAGGACGCAGCUUGAACCGGAUGGAGACUUUCCACUUACGGAACUAACCUGGGAAGGUACGCUGGGGAGGCACCACUUGGUACCUCUCUGAGCAGCCUCUCGU